AUGGUAAGUCUGUUUUAUUAUUACCUACAGUCGUGGGGUGGUGUGGAACUAAUGUUUCUUCGAAAUUGUAGACAUUUUCAGGCUUAUCUUGGCCUCAAAACUCGUAUUCUGGAUGGGCUUCAAGCCUUGAAGGUCAAGGCGAACAUGGUGGAAGACAAGGUGGCUUUGGCAAGCAAGAAGGACAAUUUGGCGAUAACAAAAACCAGCAGCCAGACGGUCAAGCAUUAGGAAACAUCGAGGGCAGCCAAGGUGGUGAAGGAGGAUUUGGACAAAGCCAACAAGGUGGAUUUGGGAUUGGCGGUCAACAGGGACAAAGUAAUGCGCCAUGGGGUCAGUCCGGAGUUCAGCCGGGCCAAGGAGGCUUCUCAGGGCCAAGCGAAGGACAAGGCGGUUUGGCAAGCAUUGAAGGUGGGCAUGAACAUGAACGUUACCCACGUGCGGCAAAGAAUAAGAAGAAGAACAAAAAGAACAAAAACAAGAAAAAUAGGAGAUCGACAAAGGCGACCCCGUCUUAUUCAACAAGAUUUUUUGGUGGCCGGACAGUUAGCCCCCGCUUCAAUCAUACCGGUCGUGGACAAGGAGGUAUCUUUGACGGAGGGUUUGGCCAUGGAUACAAUAGUAGUCAAAAUGGAUUCGGCCGAAACCGUAAUGGAACUGGCUUUGGACAGGACAACGGAACAUACGGAAGAGGAGGAUUCGGAGGCUUCGGCGGAAAUCUGAACGGUGCCGGCUUUGGACAUGGCCGAAACUCCUCUGGGUUUGGUGGAUUUGGCGGUGACCAAAAUGGCACUAGAUUUGCCCAUGGAAACUUUUCCGGAGGCUUUGGAGGAUAUGGAAAUAGGCAGAAUGGAACUCAAGGGUUUGAUGGCGACCGCAACGGUAUUGGGUUUGGAGGAAACCGCGGCGGUUUCGGUGGACUCAGCGAUAACGGCAAUUUUGGAGGAUUUCGGCACCAGAAUGGUAGUCCGGCCUCUCCAUUAGGCUACGGCCAAGGGCAGCAAAGCGGGAAAGUCAGCCAGGAUUUACCCCGUGACGGCAAACCCGGGCUUGGCGGCGAAGAGAAUGGCGGACCCUUAGGAGGAAACCGGGGCAUUGGCGGUACAGGUGGAUUUGGAAGUCCAAGCGGGACUGGGGAACCCGGUCCUUAUUCCGGAAGCAAUGGAGGAUUUGGACAUGGACAGAAUGGAGGAGACCGUGGGGGAUUCGGCGGACAAUCUGGCGGUUUCGGUGGAUUUGGCCAUCGGUGA